AAACAGGACUAGAAGAAUAAAGAGAAGUUUAAUUUAUGAGAACUAUAAGAAAGCUUACAACAAUUUGGAAUGGAUUGAUUUAUGAUACCUCUGAUAUGUGAGAGCUACAUUUUGUGUUGCUGUUGGCCAGCUGCUGCUGGUGGACUUCAGCUGAUUUCAUUGCAGCAAGCCCAACAGAUAGGUCCUCAUCGCUAAUAGAACAUAAACAAGUGUGAUGCUGAAAUGAGAUGAGGCUCCGAAAUGGAACUGUGGCCACCGUGUUAGUUUUCAUCACUACUUUCCUCAGUUUGUCCUGGUACACUGCAUGGCAAAAUGGGAAAGAAAAGUUGAUUGCAUAUCAACGGGAAUUCCAUGCUUUGAAGGAACGUCUUCGUAUAGCUGAGCAUCGCACUCUGCAACGCUCUUCUGAGCUGAACGCUAUCUUGGAGCAGUUCAGGCGUGCAGUAGCAGAAACAAAUGGGAGUAAGAAUGCAAUGAAUAAUUUUUCAGAUGAGACGCUGAAAUUGUUAAAAGAGCUAACAAGUAGAAAAUCUCUUCAAGUGCCAAAUAUCUAUUACCAUUUGCCUCAUUUGUUGAAAAAUGAAGGAAGCCUUCAACCUUCUGUGCAGGUUGGCCUUGGAAGGACAGGAGUUUCCAUUGUAAUGGGAAUACCUACAGUGAAAAGAAAAGUCAAGUCUUACCUUACAGAAACUCUCCACUCCCUUAUUGAUAAGCUGUCCCCUGAAGAAAAAAUGGAUUGUGUUAUGGUUGUCUUUAUAGGAGAGACUGAUCUUGAUUAUGUUAACAGUGUUGUUGCAAGCCUGGAAAAAGAGUUUUCUAGAGAGAUCAAUUCUGGCUUGGUGGAAGUAAUAGCCCCUCCUGCAACUUACUAUCCUGACUUGACAAACUUGAAAGAGACAUUUGGAGACUCAAAAGAGAGAGUGAGAUGGAGAACAAAACAAAACUUGGAUUAUUGUUUUCUUAUGAUGUAUGCCCAGAAAAAGGGGGUUUAUUACAUUCAGCUUGAAGAUGACAUCGUUGUCAAGCAGAAUUAUUUCAGCACAAUAAAAAAUUUUGCGCUUCAGCUCGCUUCUGAAGAUUGGAUGAUUCUAGAAUUUUCUCAGCUGGGCUUCAUUGGUAAGCAAAUGUUCAC